GUUCGCCACCCGACCCUCCAUUAGCUUAUUACAUACGCCUUGCCAAAUUUUCCUUCACACAACCCUUUACAUUUUCCCGCGAAAUUCUUUUCUAUACAUAAACUCUUCAACUGCAAGCUCUGCCAUUUCUUCACACUCUCUCUUACUUUCGCAGCUUGAACGCCGCCGUUUUGAAGAAGUCGCUGCGAAGAAGAGCACUAAAAAUUUCUGUAAGUCGCGGAAACGGAGUGGUUAGUAUUCCGAGCUAUGUUUGUUCGUCGAAAUCGUGGAAGUUAGGGUUUGCUUUAGUGAUUGUGAUGAGAAAAGGAAGAAACGUCGUUGUUUUGUCAUCAUCGGAUGAUGAGGAUGAUAAACUUUCAUUGAGUUCCAAUCGAAGCUAUAAAAAGCCUAAGGCAAGGUCUGUAAUUACUCGUACAAACCCUAGGCCUGAGAAGAAGCCUCGUGUUUCGAGGUCUUGGUCUCGCUUAUCUAAAAAUUCUAAUGGAGUGGAUGAGAUCACGUCGUCCUUCAAAGAUUUUGAUGAACUUCUUGAUGGGUUUAAGGCAUCAGCUGGUUCUGGAAGGAGCUGCAAAAAAGAAUUGUUGUGGGUUGAUAAAUACAAACCCUGCACCUUAGAAGAACUUGCUGUCCACAAGAAGAAGGUUGAAGAAGUUAAGACAUGGUUUGAGGAAAGGCUGAGAACUUCGAAGGAUGAAUUUAGUAACCAUGUCCUUGUCAUCUCUGGGCCAGCUGGAGUAGGAAAAUCUGCAACUAUCCACAUGAUUGCGUCUCAUCUUGGAGCCAAAUUACAUGAAUGGAACACUCCUACACCCACAAUUUGGCAAGAACAUGCUUAUAACUGUAAUGCAGGGGUACAGUAUACAUCUAAGUUGGAUGAGUUUGAGAAUUUUGUUGAGAGAGUGAGGAAAUAUGGAUUGAUCACAUCAUCCUCUUCUAACAAACCAAAAUCAUCAGUUAUACUUGUUAUUGAUGAUAUUCCUGUGACGAAUGGAAGGAUUGCUUUUGAAAGACUUAAAACCUGCUUGCUGCUUCUUGUGAGAUCAACUUUGAUACCAACAGCUGUUGUCAUAACUGACUGUGGUAAAGCAGAUUCAGGAGAUCACCCUGCACUAAUCUUGGAAGAGCUUCAGACGUCUCUUGAGAAUGCUGGGGCUUGUAAGGUUGCUUUUAAUCCUAUCACUAGUAAUUCCAUUAAGAAGACCCUUUUUAGAAUAUGCAGACAAGAGCAGUGUGGCCUGACUGCUGAACAUGUUGAUCUGCUGGCAAAAGCCAGUGGAGGGGACAUCAGACAUGCAAUUACAUCUUUGCAGUUCUUCUGUCGCAAACCAGAUUUAGUGCAUGAUUUUUCUUCUCCCAACUAUCAUCUCAGUUCAUCAAAGGGAAAACAAGAAGAUCUCAGUGAUUUGGAUGGUGAAUUUUCAAUGCAGUUUGGUCGAGACGAGACACUUUCCCUAUUUCAUGCCCUGGGAAAAUUUCUACACAACAAAAGAGACACUGAAAAUGUUGUAGAAAUGGACCAAGAUGCAUUCCUUGUAAAGGAGAAGUUCUCUAGAUUACCUUGGAAAAUGGACACUCCUGAAAAGAUUCUGUGUCAAGUCCAUGGACAAGCAAGGCCUAUUGCCGAUUUUUUACAUGAAAAUGUUUUGGAUUUUCUUAGCGAGGAUGCAAUGGAAGAUGCAUGGCUUGUGGCUUCAUAUUUAGGUGAUGCUGACUUGCUUCUUUCAUCUUUUCGAGGAGUGCUGACCAGAUACAAUGAAGCGGAGAAUGUUCUACAAUCAGCUGCGGCUUCAGUUGCUGUUCGUGGAGUUCUAUUUGGAAAUUCACAUCCACUGCCUUCUAGGUGGCAUGCUAUUCGUAGGCCAAAGCUCUGGCAAGUUGAGCAAUCAUCAUUUCGUAAUAAGAAGGAGAUGGUAAAGAAAAAAUUUAUUGAUUAUAGCAGAUUAAACUCAUCUCAUGUGUCUUCUGCUAUAGCAACCGAGUACACGCCUGUACUUAAAUGGCUCGGAUACAGAACAUCAGGAGGUCUUGAAGUUCAUGAUGUAUCGAUGCAAGGCAAUUCGAUUGAAGAUGACAGUUUUGAUAACAUGAGCUUGGAUGAGCCCGAAACUGAGAUUUCUGAAGAUGAAAUAGAAAGUUGGUGAGCAGAGAGCUGGAGAUGCAAUUUGAUUCAUGGUUGAUUUCUCCCAUUUUGUUAUUAGUUACUCGUUGCUCCUUGCAAGUUACUACUAACCAGAAGAAAUAAUGUGUAUCUAAUUUUCAGAAAUGAGUUAAAAAAAUAUGGAUCAGGGAACAAAUGUGCACUUCAGUGUGCAUGUCUCCCAAAAUCCAGAACCCUAGUAAUGGGUUCAUUGGUGAA